GAGGACUUACAGAGCAAACCGUUUUGUGAGUCUACUGCAAAAGAAAAACAAGUUCCACUUAACAGGUCCACUUCAUUACAGCCAAAGUGAUACUAAGGAGAGACAGGCAUGAGUUUAAACAAUGUUCCCUCCAAGAAGGAGAUGAUGGGGUGGAAUCCACAGAGUCUAGCUGACUACAUGAGGAGGCUAAAUCUAACAGGCUGUGACAAAGCAGUGGUGAAGGGCGGCAUUAGUGGAGCACAGUUCAUGAAAAUGACUGAGCUUGACCUCCAAGUGUUCCCCGGCCUUUAUGUCCCAGUAAUUUCUAAAAUCCAAAGUGAAAUCCGCAAGGGAAACCAGAAGAAGGCCGUUGGACAAAAAUCAAAGGCACAAAAGUUUCCACAACAAGCAUUUGUACAGGAGAAGGAGGUUUGGGACUCGGAUGAGUUUGAAAAUGAAAGUGAUUAUGACGAAGAGGCUCAACAUCAGGCGAGAGGGGAAGAUGGCUACAUCUGUGCCCUGACUGAGCCUCAAGACAACGAGGAGGCCAGUUCAGAUGAGUAUGAGGUGGUUGAAGUCACAACAAAACCCCCUCUACAGCCAAGACCGGCUAAACUUCAGGACAGUAAAGACAGAGACCCGGUCCCGUUGCCUGCUGAAAGGACCAUAAGACCUCCAAUUUCUUGUCCACCAAAAGUUAAUAAUGUCCCUCAGAGACCCCUGAAAGCAUCAGCAGGCCAACCCAUUCUGCCUAUUGACAGGAGUAAGAAGCCUGGAAAAUCUUGCCCAUCAAAGAACGAACCUAAAAUAUCAAAGGGCAGCACUGCCGAGGCUUCAAGCCCAUCCAGCAGCAAGGUUCCUAAACCGAGACCUCCAAAGCUCACAGAUCUGUAUAGCAGAACAAGUACACCGAUCCCACCCCCUCCAUUGCCACCACAGCCAACCCCAGUUAACAUUUCAAUAUCAGAUUCAGAACAAAAACAAUGCAUCCAGGAGCUGGAUCCCAGCUGGUAUGGAGGACAGUGGACCAGACAUCAAGCUGAAGUUGCUCUCAGAGAGGUGAACAAGGAUGGGGCAUUUAUAGUGAGGGACAGCUCAAAAAGUUCUGAAGAUCAUCCCUACACCCUAAUGCUGCUGAAACAAGAAAAGGUUUUCAACAUUAAGAUCCGUAACCAAGGCAACUCCUACUCCCUGGGCACUAGACUUAACAACAAGAGUUUCCCUGGGGUGAAGGAAAUGAUUACCCAUCACACACACAACCCGCUGCUGCUCAUUGAUGCAGCCGACCAGAGCUCUGAAGCACAGAGUCUGUGCUGUCUGCUUCACCCUGCGGGACUAUGACCAGUACCAGCAUCGGGAUUAAUGUGGGUGUUUCUCUAUGCUAAUUUGCGUGCAUGUAUACUUGAGGCUUGCUAAGAAUAAUUUCAUAAAAACCUCUGAACAUAUGUCACAAUUAAAGAGGUCCCUGUUUUGUUAUUCCUUUUCAUAGUGACUAUAAUUAUACUUUCAGUACAAAGAAUAAUAGAAGAAGAUUGUUUUGAAAGUGCAAAUUGUUUUUGUAUAUUCUAUUAAAGUAUGUUUUUGCAGACA